GUGCUCCUCAAAAGUCCAGAGCCACCUUACUCAGCGCAGGUAGCUUCCUGGGCUCCAGGGACACCUUGUCUCCGGCCUCGGAGUGUGCUUCCCAGGACGGUGACACGCUGCCCAGGGUCGGUGACCACACCGCCUGCCAGGGAGCAACACAAUGGAGGAGUCACAGUCAGAACUCAGCAUGGAGCCCCCUUUGAGCCAGGAGACUUUCUCAGACCUGUGGAAUCUGCUUCCUAAAGGCAACAACGUUCUGUACCCAGAAGUAGAUGACCUGCUGCUGUCCCCAGAAGAUGUUGAGAAGUGGCUGGAUAAAUCGUCAGAGGAAGUUUCCAAAAUGCCAGGAGCUCCUGCACCAGUCGCCCCUUUGCCAGCUGCCCCAGUACCAGCCACCUCCUGGCCCCUGUCAUCCUUUGUCCCUAACCAGAAGAUCUACCCAGGCUGCUACGGUUUCCGCUUAGGGUUUCUGCAGUCUGGGACGGCCAAGUCUGUGACUUGCACGUACUCCCCUACCCUCAACAAGUUGUUCUGCCAGCUGGCAAAGACCUGCCCUGUGCAGCUGUGGGUAACCUCACCACCCCCACAGGGCACCCGAGUCCGUGCCAUGGCGAUCUACAAGAAAUCAGAGUUUAUGACAGAAGUGGUGCGGCGCUGUCCACACCACGAGCGCUGCACCGACUAUAAUGACGGUCUGGCUCCACCUCAGCAUCUCAUCCGAGUGGAAGGAAAUUCACGCGCUCAGUAUUUAGACGAUGAAAACACUUUCCGACAUAGCGUGGUGGUGCCCUAUGAACUGCCUGAGAAUGACUCUGACUGUACCACCAUCCACUACAACUUCAUGUGUAACAGCUCCUGCAUGGGGGGCAUGAACAGGCGGCCCAUUGUCACCAUCAUCACUCUGGAAGACUCCAGUGGCAAUCUACUGGGACGGAGCAGCUUUGAGGUGCGAGUCUGUGCCUGUCCUGGGAGAGACCGUCGCACGGAGGAAGACAAUUUCCACAAGAAGGGAGAAUCGCGGCCCCAGCCACCCCCUGGGAGCGCUAAACGAGCACUGCCCACUGGCACCAGCUCUUCUCCCCAGCCAAAGAAGAAGCCACCCGACGAAGAGUAUUUUACACUUCAGAUUCGUGGGCGCGACCGGUAUGAGAUGUUCCGAGAGCUGAAUGAUGCCUUGGAGUUCAAGGACAUGCAGGCUGGGAAGGAACCCGGGGGUAGCAGGGCUCAGUCCAGCCACCUGAAGUCAAAGAAGGGGCAGUCAGCCUCCCGCCAUAAAAAGCCAAUGCUUAAGACAGAAGGCCCUGACUCCGACUGACAACGUUUUCUCUUUGGCACCCUCGCCUUCAUCCUCGCCCCAUCCCUUCCCUGGCAUUUUUGGGACUCAGGUUGAAUUUCUGCUUAGUGCAGGUGUGCCUCGGAAACGCCCUGGAAUUCUUCCUUUUGCCUGGGCCUGAGGCACCACUAGAGAAG